AUCAAGACCAGAAACCCUUUCCCCCUCUUUCCUCCUUCUAGUCAGUGUCUUCUCAGAUGCUGUCAUUUUCGGGUUGACAGUUUAUCAUAUGGCUCAAGCCCAGCAUUUUCUUCUAAGAUUCUCAGAGAGGAAUUAUCUUGAUCUUUUAGGUUUCUGCUGCACGCAGGGAUUCCAAAAAUUCUUGCUUUAUCAUUGUCCAACAAUAUUUUUAGCAGAGGAUCGUCUGGAUUGAAUCCAAUUGUCGACAUAGGACCUCGGGUAAGUUUAGUACUGCUCUAGGAAAUCAGGGCAUUCAAUACGUGUAUUUGUUCUUUCUGAGACAAUGCACCCAUAAAAAUUGCCAGCAUAUUCCAUGUAUUUAUAGUUUUCAAAUACAGUGCCUGUGCAUCCAUUGAAAGAAAUUCGACAGCUUAUCUUGGUUUUAUCACCCUUUGUAGCAAAUUAUGGUAUAUUUGCUUCGAUCCGACCAAUUUUGUAAGGACAGAUUUACUUAGCUAAACCCAAUGUUAUGGUUUCAUUAAUAUUGAUGCCUUGUUUGUCUCUCGCCCGUAUGGCUAUUUACUAUUUAUCCCGAAUGAGGCACUGAAUGAUGACAUACAUUCGGAUAUCAUAUUUAACUCGCCUCCAGAGAAUUCAAAUAGGUUGAUUCUGUCAAAGAAGUUCAUAGAAGUGGGAAGUACCCUGUUUCAAGAGGUGUCAAGAUGAUUCGAGAUUUUGAUUCAACAAAUACUGAUGAACCAAAGUCUCCUAAAUCCCAGAUUCCCAGUCAUAAGCUAUCUGUUGUACCCCUGGUAUUUCUAAUCUUUUAUGAAGUUUCUGGGGGACCUUUUGGAGUUGAGGACUCUGUGAAAGCUGGGGGACCUUUAUUGGCCAUUCUUGGUUUUCUUAUUUUUCCCCUUCUUUGGAGCAUCCCUGAAGCUCUUGUGACUGCUGAAUUGGGUACAAUGUUUCCUGAGAAUGGUGGGUAUGUUGUCUGGAUUUCAGCAGCAUUUGGCCCAUUUUGGGGAUUCCAGCAAGGUUGGUGCAAGUGGUUGAGUGGAGUCAUUGAUAAUACUCUCUAUCCUGUCUUGUUCUUGGACUACCUUAAAUCUGUGUUUCCAGAGAUUGGCAGUGGGGUUCCUAGAAUUGCAGCUAGUAUUGUAAUAACCCUGGCCUUGACUUACCUGAAUUACAGGGGUCUUACCAUUGUAGGUUGGGCCUCUGUUUGCCUUGGAAUUUUCUCUUUACUUCCUUUCUGCAUGAUGGGCAUUAUUUCCAUACCACAUCUAGAACCUUCCAAAUGGCUAAAGAUUGAUACAAAAAAUAUUGACUGGGUUUACCUGAAUACACUUCUCUGGAAUCUGAAUAAUUGGGACUCAGUAAGUACUCUAGCAGGAGAAGUGGAGGAUCCCUUGAGAACACUUCCUAAGGCACUAUGUUGGGCUCUGUUGCUUGUGGUGGGUACUUGUAUCCUUCCACUUUUAUCAGCUACUGGAUCUAUAGAUGUUGAUAGAAGUCAAUGGAAUGCAGGCUAUCUUGCAAAUGUUGCCAAUAUAUUAGGUGGAUUUUGGUUGCAGUGGUGGGUGGAAGCAGCCUCUGCUCUUUCAAACAUGGGCAUGUUUGAGGCAGAGAUGAGCAGUGAUUCUUUUCAGCUUCUAGGAAUGGCAGAGAAAGGCAUGUUACCAUUAAUUUUUACAGUUAGGUCAAAAUAUGGGACUCCUCUAUUAGGCAUUUUGUUUUCUGCUUCAGGUGUUCUUUUGUUAUCAUCUAUGACCUUUCAAGAGAUUAUGGCUGCAGAUAACUAUCUCUACUGCUUUGGUAUGUUUGUGGAGUUUGCAGCAUUUAUCUGGCUAAGAUUCAAAGAGCCAAAUAUGCAUAGGCCCUACAAGGUGCCCUUUGGAAUGCUUGGGGUGAUUUUGCUUUGCAUUCCACCUUCUCUUUUGUUGAUUGUGGUGGUAGUGAUUGCAUCACGAAAAGUUAUGGUAGUCAGCCUCACUGCUGUCCUGGUUGGACUUUUAUUGUAUCCAUGCCUUGGAUUUGUAAGAAAGGAAAAAUGGGCAAAGUUUGUUACUAAUUCAGAGCCUCCUGAUCUGCAAAUUCAUGAAAAUUUGGUUCCAGAUGAUUCCACUGAUUCCAGAGAUAUGGAUGUAGAGAUUAGUCUUCUCUCUGCUGCAAAUAAAUCAGUUACAAUCCCUUCAUAAAUACCAUUUUGUGUACAUGCAAGUGCAAAUUGACUCUGCUUAAGAAUCAGAUAAGAAUGCCAGAGGGCUAAUAGAAUUGCAAAUGGUUCCAAGGCUACAUAACUAAGAGAAGCCACAGCUUCUCAGUGAACCUAAUAUCAUGAUGCUUGUCCUGCAUUGUGUCCAGAAACCAUAUUUCAUAUGUUAAAUACUUUUCUGUAAGAAGAACACUAAGAAACAAUUGUGUACAA